UCCAUCAUAAUUUGUCGACAACACCCACAGACAUUUAAUCAGCAUACUAUAUCGCUGCUGCUCCAUCUCCUGUUGCGCUCUAUUUUGUAGUGUGUGUUACAAUGGCCUCAAGAGCGCGUUUGACAUCCGCUUUUACUCGACCCAGCUGGUAUCCUUUCCGAGUACCACCCGCUGCCUAUCAACAGCCCAUUCGAUAUCAAAGCAGGCAGUCUCUCCUUCAUUCCCAAUAUUCGAGCCGCCUAUUCCGGCGAAAUUACAGCAAGAAGCGGUCUACGAACUCGCAUCCAGACCCAACACCGCAUCUAGGCAGUCCAGAGCCGCAGUCAUUUACAGCUCGUCUCAAGAAGCUAUCCAGAGAAUAUGGAUGGACAGUGGUCGGAGUAUAUCUUGCACUCACCGUCGCCGACCUGCCACUGUGCUUUCUUGCCGUCAAGUACGUUGGUGCAGAACGGAUAGAUCACGUUGAGCAUGUGGUUGUUGGUGGGGCGAAAGACUUGAUAGGAAGGUAUUUCCCCAAUCUGUUCGAUAAGGGAGGUGAAAGCGAUUCCGAAAUUGAGGCCGCUCAGGCUGAACAGGAAGAGCAGAGCGGAGGGCCGACCUUCUGGACAAAACUUGGAUUGGUCUUUUUGGUGCACAAGUCUUUCAUAUUCAUACGGGUGCCUCUCACAGCAGCUGUAACCCCGAAAGUGGUGAAGACCUUGCGCGGUUGGGGUUACGAUAUUGGGAAGAGAAAACCGAAAAGAAAAUGAGUCGGACAUUCCCACCUAAUCGAGAGCACGCACAUACCUGAGUAUGUCGUCUAGCU